AUGGCGGCGAUACGGACGAGGCGUUCUUGCCAGUGGACAUAAAACGGCAUUUGAUUCAAAAAUAUAAAACCGGGUCAGAUACAUUUGUAGACCAGACCGUACUGUGUUUGUGUUCACCGCGUUAUUGGCGUCGUUUUUUUUUUCUUUCUAUGUUUUUUUUCCCUUUCCAAAAUGUUCACGUUGUAACUCGCUCACCCACCAGCUGUAACACGGAGCAGUUACUAGCCCAGUGAGCUAUCUACCACAGCCAAGCCGCCGUGAAGUGGAGGAUGGGAGAAAAGCUGGAGCUCAAGCUCAAAUCGCCGGUCGGAGCAGAACCUGCUGGCUAUCCGUGGCCAUUACCAAUAUACGAUAAACACCAUGAUGCUGCUCAUGAAAUCAUCGAGACCAUUCGGUGGGUGUGUGAGGAAAUCCCAGACCUCAAACUGGCAAUGGAAAACUAUGUGCUCAUUGACUAUGACACAAAAAGCUUUGAGAGUAUGCAGAGACUUUGUGACAAGUACAACAGGGCCAUUGACAGCAUACAUCAAUUGUGGAAAGGGACCACCCAGCCCAUGAAGCUAAACAAGCGUCCUUCUAAUGGGUUGCUGAGACACAUCUUACAGCAGGUGUACAACCACUCAGUGACUGACCCGGAGAAGCUCAACAACUAUGAGCCUUUCUCCCCCGAGGUGUACGGAGAGACCUCCUUUGACCUGGUGGCUCAGAUCAUCGAUGAGAUGGAGAUGAUGGAAGAAGACACCUUUGUUGAUCUUGGCAGCGGAGUGGGUCAAGUGGUGCUACAGGUUGCAGCAGCAACCAACUGUAAACACUACUAUGGUGUAGAGAAAGCAGACACUCCAGCUACCUAUGCAGAGACUAUGGAUAAAGAAUUUAAGAAGUGGAUGAAGUGGUAUGGGAAGAAACAUGGGGAGUACACACUGGAGAGAGGUGAUUUUCUAUCUGAAGAGUGGAAGGAAAGGAUUGCAAACACAAGUAUUAUUUUUGUGAAUAACUUUGCCUUUGGUCCAGAGGUAGAUCACCAGCUGAAAGAGCGCUUUGCUAACAUGAAGGAAGGGGGGAAAAUUGUGUCCUCCAAACCUUUUGCACCUUUAAAUUUUAGAAUCAACAGUCGAAACUUGAGUGAUAUUGGCACAAUAAUGCGUGUGGUGGAGCUUUCACCACUAAGGGGGUCCGUGUCCUGGACUGGAAAACCGGUUUCUUACUACCUGCAUACCAUAGAUCGCACCAUACUUGAAAACUAUUUUGCUAGUCUCAAAAAUCCUAAACUCAGGGAGGAGCAAGAGGCAGCUAGGCGACGUCAGCAGAAGGAUACGAAGGAGAGUAAAAGCAAUAGCACCACUCCCACCAAACCUAAAGAGCAAACCAAGCAGGACUCCUGUGGCGAGGAAGAGCAUCCGAGCUUGGUGACUGUGGUCAAGCCCACUGCCAAACCCCGAAGAGCCCGAUUGCUGUCCAAAGGUCGCAAGCUGAACAAUAAGAAACGAGGUCGACCCAAGAAAGCCACCCCAGCUGCUGACAGGAAAAACAAGAAGAAUCAGAGCGCAUUAGAUCUGCUGCACGCCAAGACUCUUUCUGCAGCACCCCCUCAGGAUGCAUACCGGCCACCUCAGAGUCCCUUCUACCAGCUACCUCCAAAGGUGCAGCACUAUUCUCCCAGCCAACUGCUGCUGAGCCCAACUCCUCCUGGUCUGCAACAACUGCUUGAUAACAUCAAAGUUCAAUACCUCCAGUUCAUGACCUACAUGAAGACUCCGCAGUACCGCUCUAACCUGCAGCAGCUUCUGGAGCAAGAAAAGCAAAAGCACAGAGACUUGUCUGGGCAGGCAGAGCAGCUGCACUCAGUGUGUAUGUCACACAAGGACAAAAUCAAAGGUCUCUUUCAGGCAAAACUUGAUGAGCUGGGGGUUAAAGCCCUGACUGUGGAAGACCUACUUCAGGCCCAGAAAGAGAUUUCAGCCCAUAAUUGUCAGCUGAAAGAACAAACAAAGCAGCUGGAGAGAGACAUGGCCUUACUGAGAGACCACAGCCUGCUACUGCUGAAGUCUCGAUGUGAGGAGCUGAAGCUUGAUUGGGGGUCUUUGUGUCUGGAGAGUUUGCUGAAGGAGAAGCAGGCACUUCGAAGACAGAUUUCUGAGAAACAGAGACACUGCCUGGAGUUGCAGAUCAGCAUUGUUGAACUGGAGAAAAGUCAAAGGCAGCAGGAGUUGCUUCAGCUCAAAUCCUACAGCCCGUGUGAGGACUCCCCGUACAGAAAGGGACUGGAGUCUCGAUCCUCGAUGGACAUGGAUUCUUCUAAGCAUGGCCUCUCCUCAGCGCCACCUCUCAACGGUGUUAGCCCAGAUAUUUCCAUGAAUGGUACCGGCUCACCUUGUUUCGAUCGGGCAAACACAAAGGGGGAGCUUCUCUCUCGCUACCUGCCUAUCUCUCCAGACCACGAGAUUGUGCCUGCCAAUGCUGAUACUCGACAGAGGCAGCAGAGCUCCUGCCAUGCUCUUCCUGACUACACACGUUUCUCCCCUGCCAAGAUUGCCUUGCGAAGGCACCUGAACCAGGAUUCCACUGCCUCUGUUCUCUUGAGAGGGCCAGGCCUGACCACACACAGGGAAUUGGGUGGCAUUAAUUCACCUCUUGGACCCAAACAGAAUUGCCCUUCUCCCAAUGCAUCUGAUGUUCAGAAUAAAAGCUCUGAGAGGGGUGGAAAGGAAAGGAGUCCAUCUGUUCAGGGGGACAACAGCAUUACAAGCCUUCCAAUCAGUAUCCCUCUGAGUACUGUUCAUCCAAGUAAAUUACCUGUCAGCAUCCCAUUGGCUAGUGUGGUGCUGCCCAGUCGUGCUGAAAGACUGAGAAAUACUCCAAGUCCGGUGUCUCAGGCAGGUCAGACCAAUGGAUAUUCAUCCAGCUCAGGGCUGAUGAACGGAGGUCCCCACCCAGAGGACCAUAAUGGUGCUUCUUCAUCACCUCCUCCACACAGCAACACUCCUUUGACGGGACCAAUGGGUCGAGGAGGUACCAUGCAGAGCCCCCCACUGGCCACAGGGGGGGUGCUGCAGUAUGCCGAUGGACCCCCAAGAAUUCUGCCAGAAGACGGAGCGGACCGCCAGGGAGGGGAGUCGGACACGGAGGCCCAGGACAGUGAACUGCGUCGGAGAAUCUUCUUCUCCUCUUCCUCCUCUUCGUCCUCAUCUUCGUCUUCGUCAGGCAGCGGAGGCAGCAUGACUGGAGGAUCACGCCUCCACCAUCACACUGGCAACCAAGCUGCCAAGCAGGGAUACCACAGUAACCAUGGCAACCACCACCAACCACCUGGCACACAGCACACUCACACGCCCCCACACACGUCAUCGUCGCACUCCUCUCACAGCCUCGGCCCUCAAGAGGGGCGCAAGCGGGGCAGAAGGAAGCGUAGCUCCGCAGGGCCUGUCAUGGCCAGCGGAUCCCCAAAGAGGAGGUCCUUCCCCGGGCUCAGCUCCUAUAACCACUCCUCAGGAUCGCCACUCAACAUUAAUUCCAUGGUGAACAACAUCAACCAGCCUCUGGAGAUCUCUGCCAUCUCCUCCCCAGAACAAUCAAGCCGCAGCCCCUGUGGGCCUGACCUCGACCAGCCGCCCGUCUUGAAGCGAGAGCGCCCUCUCGAGCUCAAUGGCACCGGUCGAUACUCCACAGCACCAAGCUCUGAUGACGAGGACUCGGGAUAUCCUGCAGAAAGCUCCAGUUCACGAAUUGAAAGAAAAAUAGCCACUAUAUCCUUGGAGAGCAGAGAGGGACCAAGUAGACUUGGUGAUAGUGAACGAAUAGGCAGAAAAUCCAGUAGCAGCAGUGGGAACAGCACAGGCAGCGAAGCCUCCUCCUCCUCAUCAAUGCCCUCUACCAGCAAGUGGAAAUCUACAUUUUCACCCAUUUCUGACCCGAAACAACCAAACUGUGACCCGAGGCAGGGUGGCUCUCCGUUUGGCAUGGGCGGAUCAAGCCGGGGCACGGACUCAGAUUCUGACCACAAGCAACACGUCAGGAAAGGGAGUGACGGGGAGUCGUCGAGCUAUGUGACCCCCAACCCUUUCCUCGGUCAGGAAUCAGGAUCCCGGGGUGGAGGCAGCAGUGCAGGCGGAGCACACGGAGGCAGCAGUUCAGACCAGCGCCAGGCACACCAGAAACAGAAAGCUUCCCGCGAAUGGGAGCUGAAGACCAGCAGCAGCUUGGCCACUCAGAAUCUCUUCAUCUCCGCCGCUACCAGCAGCGGAGGGGGCAUUCUGAGCGGGAAGGUGGCGGGCAGUCCUGUAGCAGUUUCCUCAGCCACAGGGUCAUCUGUAGGGCAGUACCUGGGCUCACACUUCCCUCUUGGAGGGGCUUCAGUCUUACAGUCCUUAUUUGGGGCCCAGACAGGCGGAUCCACGGCGAGUGGGAACUCGCGUCUCGUCAACGGACACGCCGCCCUGGGAAGCUUCUCCAGUGCAGGCCUGGCUGGAGGAGCAGCUGGAGGUAUUUUUCACCACGUGGUUCCCUCAGUGUCCUCCCAUCAGUUCGGGGUAGCGCUGCCCACCUCAGGAGGCCUCAGCUCUCUGCUCAGUCUCUCCUCCUCUUCCUCUACCACGUCCCAACCCCAGCAACACUCCACCCCCCAACCAGCCUCCACGCGCCUGGCCUCCGUCUCCUCACCUCUCCCCCUCUCCCUGUCACAGACCCAGCACAGCCGCACCCAGUCCGUCCUACACAGCCCCUCCCCGCCCACGCUGUCCCUGCCCCCGCCCCCACCUCUACACAGCGUCCCUUCCUCCUCCUCGUCCUCCUCCUCUUCUUCUUCGUCAUCCACAUACUCUGAUUCCUCUUCGUCUUCUCGGUCAGACUCGAUCCACUCCUCGCGCCUGUCCCACUCCUCUCAUCACCACCAGAGAGCGUCGUCAUCCCUCUCCCUCUCCAUCACCUCCUCCACCUCUACCGCCACUGACUCUCCCGCUGCGGCUACUGCUUCUGCCUCACUCUCCUCCUCCUGUCUGUCGACGUCCUCUUCCUCAUCUCGUCCAUUCGCAGUGCACUACUCCCCUCGGCUGCCCCCUCCACCACCAGUCAGUAGUUCUGGUGGUGUUGGGAGCAUGUGGAGGACUCAGGGCAUGCAUGGCACCUACACCACCUCCCAGCUCCCUAGCUCCCGACCUAGAUAGGGUUAGGGCGUUAGGGAAAUGGGGGAGGAUGGAAAAGAUGAGGGUGGAAGGCAAUCAGAGGGAGAGAGUGAAGAAGUGAGAGAGGGAGAGAGAGAGACUGGUAGGGAGUGAGAAAUACAGGUUGCCUGUACUCCCUGUGCGGUUCUGAUUAAACAAGGUAAGAUCAAGAGGUUUUAGGUUUAGAGUGUUAAACAUCUCUGAUUUUAAAUGUCUUUUGAAUGCUUUGGUUUCCCUGGUUUGUAAUCUCUUGUGUAUACACACAUCUUCUCAUUCAAUGUUUUUGUUUUUGUUGACUAUUUCCAUUGUAGAUUUUCACUGAGGACUUCGUAACUAUAAAUGAACACAUAUGGAAUUAUGUAGUUAACAAAAGAGUGUGAAGUAAUCCAAAGCAUGUUUUGUAUUUUAGAUUCCUCGGAGUAGCCACCCUUUGCUUUCUUGGCAGUGUUGGAAACCCUUGGCCUUUUCUCAGUGAGCCUCAUGCGUUCGUCAUGAGCUCGUCGUCUGAGUCAGCAGCCUCAGAAAUUAACAGCAAGUUAACAGCACAUCAGAUUAGAUCGUGGAUAAAUGCCGCUCAAGAGUUCUAGUCGCAGACACAUCUCUACAUGAAGCGUUCAGAGGCAGCUGUGCCAAUCAGGCCUUUAUGGUUAAAAAACUGCUAUGAAACCACUACUGACACAAAAAAACAAUGUUCAGUUGAACUGUCAUUUAAAUUUUAUCAUGACAGUGACCCCAAACACACCUCCAGGCAGUGGAAGGGCUAUUUGACCAUGAAGGAGAGUGAUGGAGUGACCUGGCCUCCAGUCACCUGAUCUGAACCCAGUCCAGAUGGUUUGGGAUGAGAUGGACCACAGAGUGAAGCCAAAAGGGCCAAAAAGUGCUCAGCAUCUCUGGGAACUCCCAAGACUGCUGGCAAACCUUUUCCUCCAGGAUCCCAGAGAUCUGUGAUCUGAAGCCUCCAACCCUGAUCCACCUGCAGCUAGUAGAGCACUGCUGAGCCGAUUCAGAAAAUCAGUCUGUCUGACCGAUCCUUUUCUCUCCCUCUGUCCCCUCACCCCAACCGGAGUAGCAGAAAGCUGCCACCUCUGGUUCUGCAAAGGUUUCUUCCUGCUAAAAGGAAGUUUAUCCUUUCCACUGUGGCUUUGCUUGCUAAAUCUGAACUGAAUUGGAUUUCAGGUGACUGACUCAUGAAGCUCAUUGUUAGAGUGCCAAGAGUGCGCGAAGCAGUAAUCAAAGCCAAGCGGAAUAUAAAACGUGCUUUGUGUUCACACCUUUUAGUUUACUACUGAAUUCCAUAAGUGUUCAUUUGUGUUUUUGAUGUCGUCAGUGAGAAUCUACAAUGAAAAUAAAGAAAAAACACUGAAUGAGAAGCUGUUUCCUAACAUUUGACUGG